GACAGAGGUUCUCUUUGCCUAAAAUUAUUUUUCUUCUGCCCAAAAAAAAAAAAAAGAGUUUCCAGAUCCAAAUUACAAGAUUCUCAAACUCCAAAAAUUCAUCUUAAAACUGAACAAUCAAAUUCAAAAUACGAAAAAUCUCAAUCCUAGAGUUUCUUCUCUUGUUGGCUUUUUGUUUGAUCUGUUUGUUUCUUUGAUCUGUUGUUUGUUUUUUUUUGUGAAAUUUCACUCCUCAGCACUCGGAUUGAUCUCUUUUUCAUUGAUCUAUCUCUUGACUUGCUUCGACUUUUUGAUUUGAGAUUUGCGAAAUUAGGGUUUUGGUUUCGAAAACUAGUGUGUAUUGUUAGAUGAACGAUCAAUCUAAGCUGAUGAAUCCGCCACCUCCACCGCAAAUGAUUGGUCAGCCUCCGCCGCAACAGAGGAUGAAUCCGCCGCUGCCGUCUUCUCAGGUAAUGAAUCCGGUUCAGCCACGGAUUAUGAACCAGACUCCUAUGUUAGGCCAAUCUCAUCCGAUUAUGGGAAUGAAUCAGCAGCCACAGGUUAUGAUGAACAACCAGCCUAUGAUGAUGAAUCCACGCAACUUUAACCUUAACCCGAGUUUGAGUUCCGAGUAUCAGCAGAAUCUUCCUCCUAAUAACUUUGUUUCGAAAAUGAGUCGGAACAAUUGGAAAGGGAAGAAGAUUACAAGUGAUAAGAGGCCAAUGAUGGAGCAGCAGCCAAUUAGGAGGAUGCAUAACUCUGGGAUUCCUAUGUAUAACCCUCAGCAACUACCUGGUUCUGGUAGUAGUAAUCAGGUUGGUUACAAGCCGCCGACUUUGAACGAGCUGCAGUCUCAGAACAGGUUGAAAACCAGGAAGUUUUACCCGAAGAAGAAGUAUGGUAAUCGAUAUGUUCCUUAUGCGCCGAGGAACACGACUUCGUUUAUCAUCAGGGCGAAGAAAUCUGGUGGAAUUGCUGAGUUGGUGUCUCCAUGCCCUGUGACACCAGCGGUAUUGCCUACGCCAAUGUUCUCGCCAUCCAGGGAGGUGUUGGGUGAUAUGGCGAAAGAGGAAUGGGGGGUUGAUGGUUAUGGCUCCAUGAAAGGGUUGAUUAGGCUGAGAGCUGAUGGAAAUGAGUUGGAACCUUAUGAUGAGGAUGAUGAAGAUGAAGGAGGGUCGAGUGAGAGUGAUGUGGAGGAGCAUGUUGAGGUUGAGAGGAGAUUGGACCAUGACUUGAGCCGGUUUGAGAUGAUUUAUCCGAAUUAUGGUGGUUCGGAGUAUAACAAUGUUUUGGAAAACCGAGUGGAUGAUCAGGAUAGCCAUAUUGCUCAACUGGAGGAAGAGAACUUAACCUUGAAGGAAAGGUUGUUCCUGAUGGAAAGGGAGUUAGGUGACAUGAGGAGAAGAUUACAGUAUCUCGAGAGGCGGGGUAUGGUUGCUGAAGAUGCUAACGAGGAGGUUGUGGAGAAUGAGUCUGAAAGUGAUGGUGAUGAUACAGGGGGAUCCGAUGCACGUACUAGUGGUGAAACAAAGGAGAACCAUGUAGCUGCAGAGGACAUUUGUAUGCAGGAUGUUGCAGCGAGGGAUAAUGAGGCUGCGGUGAAAGAAAUCAACAACAACAGCAAGAGCGUGGAUGAAGUGAAAGAGAACAAACAAUCAGUUGGUGUGGGAAGUUCUGGGGAAAGUAAACUUGAAGGUAAGGAAAAAGCUGAGACAGAUUUUCGGGAAGUGUCGGGGGAACAAUGUGAGGAAGCCAACCAAGGUAUGGAUCAAAGUAAGGAAAGUGAAAUGGGAAUUGAGAAUGAUUCUGUUGGAAAACAAUGAGCAGCCAUAUGAUACCUGGACCGAGGAGGGAAGCAGACGAGAACCCAUGAUGAUAGGCAGUGGUAACUAACUGGUGAUGCGAAGUUGAUGCAUACCAUUUUCACUUUGAAAUAGUGUAAGUCUCUUAUAUGCACAGGCGUCAAUGAUGGAUCUCUGCACCAGCUCUAUGAUGUAUAUGUCAAGAUGUACUUGUCUUAGUAGGUGUAGUCUAGUUCUCUCACCGCUUUUGGUACCAGAGUUUAGGGGGCUCACUUUCACGGAGAAGUUCAUAUGAAGUCAUGCAUAAUAUCUGUGUCUAGGUUUGAGACAGUUGCAGAGAGUUAGAGCUUGAAGAGAAUCUCUCAGUCGAAUGCACGGAUCCAGAUUCUUGGAUACAUGUUUGAUCUAAUUGGGUUUGCGUCUGAGAAACAAUUACGCCAAACAAGUUUUGGGCCCAUAUGGGUUUGUUGGUUGGUAUAUUGAAUGUCCACGAUUACUAAUAAAAACAGCUAUCAACUUUUACACCA